CAAUAAAAUCACCUUGCCAAUAUCAUUGCGCAGUAUCAUCUUCAUCAUCCUUGCAUGCAUGAUAACGAUGACAUUCGGCUCUCCAACAUUCACAGUUCCCCAGCAAAUGGUAAAUGUUUGGAAAAGGUUGUGGAUUGAAGAGCCAAUCGGUCACAUUGUGGAUAACACAACCAUUGUAUUCAAUAUUCAAACCAAUUCAAUGUAUUGUGAUAUUAGAAUACCAAUUACUAGACCUAAUUAUUUAAACCAAAAAUCAUCAUUGUCUCAAUAUUCUUGGGAUGAGUUGCUUCAAUUGGCCAAUCAGAAAUCAUUUGCUGGCUUUGCACAUGCCAAUCAGAGUGCAUGGAUAUGUCAAUGGGAUCGUAAAAUUGACUUCCAACCAUUUACAGGCAGUUAUGAUAUUGGACAUGUGGAUACAGAGUCAAGAAAACCUCUCAUGGUUGAAGAGGGAAUUAAUGGUGAUGAUUAUAGAGAGAUUUGGCAACCUGCAUUCGUAUCAAAUGUUAAUCCUUCUUAUAUUUCACUGGAAUUGGAAAGAGAAGUUGAGAAUAAUGUGGUCAAUAGGUUUGCAAAGGGUUUCAUGGUUGUAAAUGGAGAUUAUUUCAUUUAUCAGGUUGAUAAGAGAGAAUUCCCAUUGCCACAGGCUGAUUCCUUGUUGGAUUUGAUAAAAUCUCAAAACUAUUCAAGAGUGCAAGUUGAAGAAAUUAUUGGAAAGUAUAUGUCAAGCUUUGGAAUUAGACAAUCGAGUGGGGUUUGGCAAGUUCUCCAUUCCCUCUUCCCCUUCAAUGAAAAUAAGGAAUUGGAAGGUAAAUUUGUACUUCACACUCCAAGUAAUCAAGUUAUUCAAUCCAUUUCAGAUAAGGGCAUUCUUAGAUUUUGGAAAAUUAAUGAAAUGACCUACAAUCCAUUCCAAUAAUAAUAACUAGUUUUAUUAUGU